GGAGCCAACUUUUGCGACAUCAUCAGGGAAAGCUUUAGAGAUUGUACGUCCACUCUUUGGGUUUGCGAUGAUCUUCAAAAACCUCGGCCUUCGUGAUGCCACCAUCAUGUACUUCACAGCCUUGGCCGCUCUCAUGAUCAUCCUGGUGGCAUCCUACCAAUCACCGGUCCAUAUUACAGAAGUGUCACUGACCCAGUCAAAGACCUACAGUUCGGUGCCGCCACUGCCGAUGCCGUUCCGUGUGCCCCUGGAUCCCAGAGGAGAGCUCCAACUGGCAUGGAAUGUCAGCUACAAGGACCAGGAAGUGUACAUGAGACUGAGGAUCAAGGAGCUCAGACAUGGCGUGGUCCUGGGGUUCUCUGGCAGAGGGGAGCUGACCAACGCAGACCUGGUCGUCCUGUGGGACUCCGGCAUUAAAAGUUACUUUGGGGAUGCAUGGAGUGACAGUAACGGCAGAGUGUCUCUGGACAACCAACAAGACUAUGAGUUGAUUCAGGCAACGCAGAAGUCUGACGGGUUCUACCUGCUCUUCAAAAGAUCCUUCAGCACCUGUGACCCCAGAGACUUUCUCAUUGAGGAGGGGACGGUGCACAUCAUCUACGGCUUCAUCGAGCAACCACUGACCUCACUGGAGAAGCUGAACUUGUCCCGCAUCCAGACAGGGCUGCAGAGAGUUCUGAUGCUGCGGCCCGACACGCCACCACCGAAACUUCCUUCAAACCUGCAGACCAUGGACGUGGUUUCCCCGGACGUCAUCAUCCCAACUCAGGAGACCACCUACUGGUGCCACAUCAAGAAACUGCCAGAAAACAUGCAGAAGAACCACAUCGUCAUGUACGAGCCAGUGAUCACGCCUGGGAACGAGGCCAUCGUUCACCACAUCGAGGUGUUCGAGUGUAACCCAGACAUCAACAUUCCAGACUACAGCGGCGACUGUGAAGACAAGAUGAAACCAGGGAACAUCAACUACUGCCGCCACGUACUCGCUGCCUGGGCUAUGGGGGCUGAGCCUUUUUACUAUCCUCCUGAUGCGGGUUUGCCAAUGGGUGGUCCAGGUUCUUCUCGGUUCCUUCGCCUAGAGGUCCAUUACCACAACCCUCUUCUACUGACUGGUCGGCGUGACUCUUCAGGGAUCCGUCUUCACUACACAUCCAGCCUGCGGCCCUAUGACGCCGGGAUCAUGGAGCUGGGUCUCGUCUACACUCCCCUCAUGGCCAUCCCUCCAAAACAACAGGCCUUCUACCUCAGUGGUUACUGCUCCUCCAAGUGCACCCAGACUGCUCUUCCUCAAGGAGGGAUCUACAUAUUUGCGUCGCAGCUCCACACCCACCUGGCUGGACGGGAACUGAGAACGGUGUUGGUGCGGGGAACCAAAGAGAUCAUGGUGGUCCAGGAAGACAAACACUUCAGUACACACUACCAGGCCAUCAGAAAUCUGCAGAAUAUGGCCCAUGUUUUACCUGGCGACGUCCUCAUAACCAAGUGUACGUUCAACACGGAAGACAGAAGCAAGCCGACAAUGGGAGGUUUUGGCAUCAUGGAUGAGAUGUGUGUCAACUACGUCCACUACUAUCCUCGCACUCAGCUGGAGCUCUGCAAGAGUCAUGUGGAUCCGGGACACCUCCAAAAAUACUUCAGCUUCAUUAACAGAUACUAUGGAAACGACCAGUGUGUGUGUGGAGAGCCAAGUGUGUCGGACCAGUACUCCCAGCUACACUGGGACGCCUUCAGCUCCACAGUGCUGGACUCCCUUUACAACACGGCCCCCUACUCUAUGCACUGUAACCAGUCGUCUGCUCGCCUCUUUCCAGGCCAAUGGGACAAGGAGUAUGUGCCAGUGGUCACAUCAACCCUGGAAGCACCCCGAUAUCCUUGUGAGGGAGGGAGUCGUGCAAAAACCACUGUUCCCAUCCCCGUCUGACACAGAAUAAGGCUUUUAAUCUCCACACUUCUUCAUGUAUGUUUUAAUAUCUAUGUAGCUCAGCAAAACAAGCUUUUAAAAGAACUAAAUAGACACUUGAAACAGGAGAAAAAAAUACGUUGUAUGGUGAAUUGUUAAUU